AUGGCAGCUCCCAUUUCUAAAGGUGCAACUAAUUUGGUAGGCAUCUGGAAUCUGAGUAACAGAACAGGAAAUUGUCGGAUGAUCCUGAUAAGAUCUUUCAACUGGUAUGACGAUAAGAUCAGCAAUACUCUACUGCUUAACGCUAAGGUCAUUGAAAAGCAGAGAGCGCCGUGGCUCGUUAGAAAGGCACUCAAGUUUGCAAAUCUGUCGUUGGAUAUCAAACAGACAAGCUUUUUGUCAGAUGGAACAAGUGCUGAAUUCACUGUCGACGAUUCUGGCCUCGACAGUCCGGCGGACGCAGUCACGACUCUUCGCAUAAAGCAGACUGUCAGCCCUGGCUCAUUCGACAGCAUGGGAACUUACUACCUGGACGGAAAGCCCAAAGAAUAUUCGCUUCCUAUUUUUGGUGAUGUCAACAUGAGACUACAAUACAUCAAUGUAGCAGACAUCAACAACGAGCCUCUACGCCAGAGACUGGAGAGAGCAAACCCGACCAAGAUUGUUAUUGAAGAAUCCGCUCACAACCCAGGCAAAGGCUGGAAGGCUCAAGUUGUUUGGGCAUUUGAGCUGAUCAACGAGAAGCGAUACCUCACUCGAAAUGUUUCCACCUGGAAUGACAAGGAGAAGGUGGAGGCUAGGAUGGUUUACGACUAUCAUGCUUAG